AUGCCGCUCGACGCGGACAGCGCGGUGCACGGCGCGCUGUGCCCACGCAUCGCGGUGCUGAGCAGCGGGGAUGUUGGAGAGAUCGCGCGGAGGAAUGGCGCACAACACAUUGCCCAGGUAUUGCGCCCGUUUGAGCGCUGCGUCGAGAAUAUCGCCGUGCGCACUUCGCAGCUCGCGGCGCGCACACGCGCUUCGUUUCCGGUGCGCUUCGACGCGCUGGACGCGUUCCUUGUGCCUAAGGAUUUGUUUGCGAGGGGGGCACUCGAGCACUUUCUCGACACGGUCCAGGCGCACCUCCGCUCGCACGCCCAGCAGCUCGACGGCGACCAGCCCAUCGCCUCGCUCGUCCCUCCGCCGGAGCCGGAGCGGGCGGCGUGGGAGAAGCAGGUGCGGUCGAUUCCGCCGUGGUGCGCGGACAUUGCCGCGUACCUCUACCGCUACCGCCCCAUUUGCGCGUUUGACGGAUUCUCGCAUCCCACGGCGAUGCUGCUCGUCGUCUCGUCCAGCAAUCCGGACCCGAUGAAUGCAUUUGCGCAGCUCUACGAAGAGUCGAGCACAAGCUCCGUGUUCCGGUCGCAGCCGCACGUCGAGGGCGACGUCCUGCGCUCGUACCUCGUUCUGCACGACGCAUCCGCGCCAAACGCGGACCUACGCCGCUCCGAGGCGCUCCUGGACGAGGUGAAAAGGACGUAUGGGCUGCAGUGCGCGCUCCUCACGAUCAACUCGGCGACCGAGCCGGUGGAUAGCGUCGUGGCGCGCGUGCAGGCCGAGUGGGAUACGCCGGACCUGCGCCACGUUCCGCCGUCCAGCACACCGCCGGGCGCGGCGCUCAGCGUGGACGACGUGCAGCGAAUCGAGGCGUACGUCCGCGAGCUCGUGGUCAAGAGCCUCGUGCCGUACCUCGAGCGCACCGUCCAGCAGCUCAACGAGCAGGUGGGCAGCUCACGCCGCGGCCUGACCGGCCGCCUGCUUGGCGCAGGCCGCAAACUGUUUAGCACGCGAACCACGACGCCGUCUGCGCCCCCGGCCAGCGGAUGGGACGCAGAAAGAGGCACCUACCCUGCUACGGCGCUCGCGUCGCAGACACGGCGCCUCGCGGACCUCGCGAUGCAUACCUGCGACUACAAACUCGCGGCAGAGAUGUACGACACGGCCCGCCGCGACUACGAGCAGGACAGGGCUAUGUCGUAUGUCGGCGCAUCCACCGAGCUCUUGUGCCUUGCACGCCUGCUGAGCGGCAGCAGCGACGGCGUGCCGCUCUUGUUCUCCUCGGCGUGCGACGCGUACUUGCUCGACGCAGCCGGGCGUCUGUACGCGCUGCGCGCGACAUUCCUGUAUAGCGACGUGCAGCGCACGCUCGACCACGGUGCACAGGUCGCUGCAGCGCUGCGGCGUGCUGCAGCGUUUACCGACGAGGUGCUGCGCGGCGUCGUGCUCGAGCUCGCGGCGCUUGCGUACCUGUGCAUGCCCCACCCCCACGUCCGCAAGAGCGCCGCGACAAUGCUCCAGAGCGCCGAGCAGUUUGACGCGUGCGGGCAAAAGGCGUUUGCGCUGCGCUGCUACAUGCUCGCCGCGCCAUACUACGAGGACGAGCACUGGCCGGCGAUCACCGAUCGCGUGCUCACCAAGCUCGCCGCACAGGCGCACAACAGCGGCCAGGGCGGUGCGGCGCUUGAGUACGCGGUCAAGCUCCUGUACACCACGCCACGCACGGAAAAGGAGGACAAGGCGCAUGUCGAGCAGCUCGUCAACGUGUACGAGUUUGCUAAGACCCAGGACGAAAUCACGCUCCCGACGCCGCUCUGGGACGUGGCCGAGUGCACGGUCCAGCCUGAGCACGAUCCAAGCGGCGCAUGGGCGCACCUCUAUCCGUCGCUCGCGCAUGCGCUGCAUAAGAAGCACGUCUCUCAAGCAGGCGAGGGCGAGGCGAUUACCGUGCGUCUGCAGGCCACCAAUCCGCUCCAUACCCCUGUCACGCUCUCGGACCUGAGGCUGGCAUUUGCGGACGCCGCAAAGCCCCUCGAUGCCGCACAUGUCUCGGUCGACGCCCCGCCGAGCAUCGCACUGGGCCCGCGCGAGUCGCGCUCGAUCGACGUCCCGGUGCGCAUCGCUGCGUGCGGCACCUUUGGCCUCUGCGCGAUCCACUACCGGCUCGAGGGCGUGCCGGUGCGCCAGGCGAUGGAAAAGUACGGCAAGCGCUUGCAAGCAACCAAGGCGCAGCGCAUCACGCCGACGUAUGCGCCCGAUACCACGCUCCAAGUGCACGUCCGCCAAGACCUGCCGCGCUUGACGACUACCGUCGAAGGGCCACACACGGCGUACGUCGGCGAGUCGAUCUCGCUGCGUAUUGCCGUGCGCAGCGAGGGUGCGGCCGUGUCCGAGAUCCAGGUGGCUUGCAAGGAGCCGUACGCCAGCUUUGGGCCGGCCGGUGGGCCUGUGGGCGAGACGACGCCGGUGCCAGCCGCCCUCGCGACGCCGGCGCCGCACCGCGUCCAGCAGGCGCUUGCGCCGCAGGAGCACACCGAAGUGCAGUGCACCGUGCCGCUCCUUGACGCGGGCGAGACGACAAUCGAGUGGCUCUUUGUAUACCAGAAUGCACACGGAGAGACGUUUUCGUGCUCGGCACGGCACUCGCUCGACGUGCGCACAUUGCUGCGUGCUUCGACGUCGGUGCGCACGGUCCAAGGCGCAUCACUCGCCUACCUCGUCGCCCUCGACGUCCAGAACGAGGACGAGGAGGCGGUCACCAUUGCGGGCGUGUCGAUGCUCAGCACGCAAUGGAAAGCCGCACAUGCUGCCGAGGCACUCACACUUGCGCCUGGCGAGCGCAGCACAAUGGCAACGCGCAUCGACCGUGCCUCCACGCCAACGGACGCGACGCUGCCGCACGCCCUUGGCGCCAUCGGGCCGCUUGUUGGCCGCUCCGACUUUGCCGACGUCGAGGCCGCUGCACUCAAUCUGCACUGCACUGCAGUGCAAGGCGCCGGCGCAUCGAUGCCGCUCGAUGCGUACGUCGCGCAGCGCAGCGCCUUGCGCAUGAAAUCACUCGAGCACGACUACGAGUUCCUGCCCGAGCCCGUGCGCCGCCGGGCGUUUCUGCUCCUCGAGUCGCACGAGGCCGACUUGUUGGUACACUGGACGCGCCCGGCGGCCCAGGGCUGCCUCCUUCUCUACGGGACACACAUUGGCCUGCGUGCAGACGUACCGGGUGACGUCGCGCGCCUGGAGUCGCUCGCGCGGCCAACGACGACUACACGCGCCAUGUACGCUGCGACGACGCAGGAGCAGCAGCGGCGCAUUGAGCGUCUGCUCAUGUCGCCCCUCGCCGCGAUUCCCCCGCCGGUCUCGCUCGAGGUGCAUGCGCCGGUUGCCAAGUACGAGGGAGAAAGCGUCCAACUCGCGCCAGUCACGCUUCGUUUGCGCAACGAGUCGACGUGGCCUCUGGCCUAUACGCUGCGCCUCCUUCCCGCCAGUAUCCGCCCUGCAGCGGCACAGGCAAUUGCGCCGUGGAUCGGGCGCACGGUACAGCGCGGGACGCUCGCCCCAUGGCACACCGAGACGCUCUCGGCGCACGUCGCGAUCACCUCGGCUGGCGGCGGUCAAUAA